AUGCCGUACCCUCAAACUCUUGAGGCCAAGCCGAAGAUCAUCUUCUUCACCGACUUCGAUGGAACGAUAACGCUCAAGGAUAAUUCCUUCCAGGGAAUGAUGGACUCUGUGACCACGCCAUUUCCCGAAUGCAUUCGCCUCCUAUGUGAAAACAUAAAAUUGGAUCCGCACUUCAGCCAUUUCUACAAAUGGUCACGAGAGGCAGGUGUGCCAGUCAUUGUACUUAGCAGUGGUAUGACACCCAUCAUCCGUGCUCUGCUCGUGCACCUCGUAGGCCCAGAGGCACAUGAUAUCGAGAUUGUGAGCAACGAAUGUAUCGACAGGCCCCCAAAGAAGACAUCAGAGGAAGGAGGAUGGCAGAUAAAGUUCCAUGAUGAUAGCGAUUUCGGACAUGACAAAAGUUUGACUAUCCGACCGUACGCGAAGCAUUUCGAUGAGCAUUCCGAAGAGCACAGGCCGGUGAUGUUGUACGCAGGCGAUGGCGUAUCUGAUCUGUCAGCUGCAAGGGAAACCGACCUACUGUUCGCCAAGAAAGGCUAUGACCUGGUCACCUAUUGCGUGAGGGAAGGCAUACCAUUCACUGAGUUUGAAGAUUGGAAAUCGAUCUUAGCCACGACUCAAGCCAUCUAUGAGGGUCAGACCACUGUCAAGGAUGUAGCAGCAGAAAGCGCGGACAAAGUCAGGCAAGGCAAGAACUGA